UCCCGGGGACUGUGCCUGGGCAAAGAACGCGCCGCCGCGGGCGCGGAGAAGGGGAAGGGCCAGAGUCAGGAGAGGAGAGGAGAGGAGCGGGGCGGCUCAGCUGACCUACGUAAUUUCCGCUUCCGCGAGCGGUGACGACGCGCACACACGUAGCGCUCCGCGUUACGCACGCGGGCGCCCCCACACGCACGCCUGUGGGCGCAGCGCGAGGGCGGCUGGUGAGCGGGGGGGCUCGCGGCGGCGGCGUUUCGUGUUUCGCUCAGGGAGGGAGGGAGCGAGCCAGCCGGCCGCUCUGCGCGCGCCACGACCAUGAGGCGCAGCAAGGCCGAGGUGGAGCGGUACAUCGCCUCGGCGCAGGCCGCGGCCCCCUCCCCCAAAGAGAAAUCAAUGAAAGGAUUCUUUUUUGCUAAACUCUAUUAUGAAGCGAAAGAGUAUGAACUUGCUAAAAGGUAUAUAUCUACUUAUCUUAAUGUACAAGAGAGAGAUCCCAAGGCGCACAAAUUUCUGGGCCAGCUCUAUGAAGCUGAAGAUAACAUAGAAAAAGCUGUGGGUUGCUAUAAGCGUUCAGUGGAAUUGAACCCAACACAAAAAGAUCUUGUACUGAAGAUUGCGGAAUUAUUGUGUGACAAUGAUGUUACAAAUGGAAGAACAAAAUACUGGGUUGAGAGAGCUUCUAAACUCUUCCCUGGAAGCCCUGCUGUUUACAGACUGAAGGAACAGUUAUUGGAUUGUAAAGGUGAAGAUGGAUGGAAUCAGCUUUUUGAUCUGAUACAGUCAGAACUCUAUGCCAGACCAGAUGAUGUCUAUGUAAAUGUCAGGCUAGUAGAGCUCUACCGUUCAAAUAAAAGAUUGAAGGAUGCGGUGGCUCACUGUCGAGAGGCAGAAAAGAAGAUUACUAUGCGAUCAAGCUUGCAAUGGUGUUCGUGUGUUGUACAGACGCUUAAGGAAUAUUUGGAAUCUGCACAGGACUCAGAGUCUGAAAAAAGUAAUUGGAGAAACACCAACAGAGAUCUGCUGCUGGCCUACUCCAACCUUGUGGUGAUGACGCUUUCUACUAGAGAUGUUCAAGAAAGCAGAGAAUCACUUGCAAGUUUUGAUCAUGCUCUUCAGUCUGUGAAACCACAUGUGAAUGGGAAUGAUGAGCUGUCUAUUACAUACCUGGAAAUGAGAGGUCACUUCUACUUGUAUGCUGGAACUCUCUUGUUGAAAAUGGCCCAGCACAAUGAGAAGCAAUGGAGAGCUGUAUCUGAACUGGCAGCUUUGUGUUACCUUAUAGCUUUUCAAGUCCCUAGACCAAAGACAAAACUAAUAAAGGCAGAUCAAGCUGGACAAGAUAUGCUGGAAAUGUUAGCCUGUGAUCGACAGAGCCAGUCUGGUCACAUGCUGCUAAACUUAAGCCAUGGCAAGCAAGACUUCUAUAAAGAGAUUGUGGAGUCUUUUGCAAACGAAAGUGGGCAAUCUACUUUAUUUGAUGCACUCUUUGAGAAUGGAGUUCCUAGAGAGAGAACUUUCAUUGGCACUGAUAAUAUCAGAAAUGUCUGUAUACAGGGACCAGACCAUGUGGAUCUAGCAAGAUAUGAUAUUGGCGCAAUUCGAGUGCACAAUGGUUGUCUCCAGCACCUUACGUGGCUUGGUUUACAGUGGAACUCCAUGUCAGUCUUACCUGCAAUACGCAAGUGGUUAAAACAACUUUUUCACUUGCCCCAGGAAACCUCAAGACUUGAGACCAAUGCUCCUGAAACAAUCUGUAUAUUGGACCUCGAAGUAUUUCUACUUGGAGUGAUAUUUACUAGCCACUUACAAUUACAAGAGACAUUUAAUACUCACUACAGUUCACAUCAGCCUCAAUUUUUACCACUACCAGUGAGCAAACAGCUCUGUAGUGAAAGGCAGAGAUCCUGGUGGGAUGCUGUUUAUAACCUUAUUCACAAAAAAACAAUACCAGGAACAGCAGCAAAAUUAAGGCUUCUAGUCCAGCAUGAAAUAAACACUCUGAGAGCACUAGGGAAACAUGGACUUCAACCUGCCCUAAUUGUUCACUGGGCAAAAUGUCUUCAUAAAACAGGCAGUAGUCUAAACUCUUUCUAUGACCAAAGGGAAUACAUUGGACGAAGUGUUUAUUAUUGGAAAAAAGUUUUGCCUAUGCUGGAAAUAAUCAAAAAGAAGAAAAGUGUUCCUGAACCUAUUGAUCCUUUGUUCAAACACUUCCAUAGUGCAGAUAUUCAGGUUUCUCAGGUUGCAGAAUAUGAAGAGGCAGCAUAUAUAGCAUUUGCUAUGUUGGAUGCAGUUGACGGAAAAACUGAGGAUGCUUUGCUAGCACUUGAAGCCAUUAAAAACGUUGUUUCAUAUUGGAAUCUUGCACUAAUUUUCCAGAGAAAGGCUGAAGAGAUUGAGAAUGAUACACUCUCACCACAAGAACAAGAAGAGUGCAAAAGUCACCUGCAAAAGAGCAGAGACUAUCUAUUAAAGAUCAUUGAUGAAAGUUUUACAGACACUUCAGUAACUGAGAAGUUACCAGUGUCAAUAGAAACUGUUAAGGAGAUGCUGGAAACAGUAAUUCAAGAACUUGGGGAUUAUGGUGAAGAAGGAAGUCCUGUCUUCCAGAAUGGCCUAUCCCGAACUGUAGAUUCAGAAUUUAAACACUCCACUCCGUCGCCAACAAAAUUUUCUUUAUCACCAAGUAAAAGCUACAAGUUUUCUCCCAAAACUCCCCCUCGUUGGGCAGAGGAUCAGAAAUCUUUACUUCAGAUGAUCUGUCAGCAAGUAGAAGCCAUUAAGAAUGAGAUGCAUGAAAUGAAACUCAAUAAUUCCAACUCAAACUUGUCGUCUCAUCGGUGGCCUGCUGAAGGCUAUGGCACAGACACAAUGUCAGAUGGCUAUCAGGGAACACAAAGCUUUCAUGGAGCUCCACUAACAGUUGCUACCACUGGCCCAUCAGUCUACUACAGUCAGUCGCCUGCGUAUAACUCUCAGUAUCUUCUCAGAACAGCAGCUACCAAUGUAACACCAACAAAGGCUCCAGUCUAUGGCAUGAACAGGCUUACACCUCAACAACAUAUAUAUGCUUAUCAACAGCCAAUGCAUACACCACCACUGCAGAACACCUCUGCCUGCAUAUUUUCCCAAGAAAUGUAUGGUGCUCCUUUGCGUUUUGAUUCUCCUGCUACUGGACUUCUGUCUCCACGUGGUGGUGAUGAGUAUUAUAAUUACAGUGUUCCACAAGCAAGCACAAAUCCACCGUUGCCUGAGCCAGGCUAUUUCACAAAACCUUCAGUUGGUCCUCUGAUUCCAAAGUCUGCAGAAUCAAAGGUGAUAGAAUUUGGGAAAUCUACCUUUGGGCAGCCUGUACCAGCAGAAGGAGCAAAAUCCUCUUUCACAACACCUGCACAAUCAACUCAACCAACCACUUUUAAAUUUAACUCUAAUUUCAAAUCUAAUGAUGGAGACUUUACAUUUUCAUCACCUCAGAUUGUAGGCCAGCCCCCCGGUGCAGCUUUUAAUAGCAGUGAAAGCCUCUUGGGUCUUCUGACAUCUGAUAAACCUUUACAAGAUGAUCGAUACAUGGGGCAAAGAACAGUUCAUGAUCAUACAACUGGCCAAAGAAAUACCUUCAGUUUUGGUAACAAAAAUAUUUCAGGCAUUUCAUUUACAGAAAAUAUGGGACAAAACCAACCUAAAACUUCAGGUUUUGGCAAGGGUGACAUGUUCAAUUUCCAAGAUCCUGGAAAACCAGUGUUUGGAACGCCAAGUUCAGAUCUGGCCAAUAGAAGUCAUGAAACUGAUGGAGGAAGCAUCCAUGGUGCUGAUGAUGAUGAUGAUGGUCCACACUUUGAGCCUGUAGUGCCACUCCCUGACAAGGUUGAAGUAAAGACGGGUGAGGAAGAUGAAGAGGAAUUCUUUUGCAACAGAGCAAAGCUGUUCCGUUUUGACACAGAAUCUAAAGAAUGGAAAGAAAGGGGCAUUGGAAAUGUGAAAAUACUAAGGCAUAAAAUAUCUGGGAAGAUUCGGCUCCUCAUGAGGCGGGAGCAAAUAUUGAAAAUCUGUGCAAAUCACUAUAUAAAUACAGAUAUGAAAAUGCAACUAAACGCAGGUUCCGACAAAUCAUUUGUAUGGCAUGCUUUAGAUUAUGCAGAUGAGUUUCCAAAACCUGAGCAGCUUGCCAUUAGAUUCAAAACACCAGAGGAAGCAAUGCUUUUCAAGCAUAAGUUUGAAGAGGUGCAGAAUAUUUUGAGAACUUCGGGAUCAAAUGUUGGUACACCAGCCAUUCAGAGUGUUGGGACUACAAGAGAAAUAGCAAAUCAGGAUAGCAAGGAGCCUUGCAAAACUACUCCUGGAACCCCGAAUUUUGGAUUUCAGUUUAAGAAAGAGGAGAUGUGGCAGUGUAAUGUCUGCUUAAUGAAAAACAGUUUAACUACUUCCCAGUGUAGUGCUUGCCAGGCUCCAAUCCAAAAUACAAGCAGUUCUGUAAAGGGACCUGAUGGCAAAAGCAGUUUUACGGUUACAUCAGCUACAUCUACACCGAUAUCCUUUUCUUUUGGUAGGGAAAUCCCAUCUACAUGUACUACUAGUGGAUUUGGGGAACAGUUUAUGUUGAAGGAAGAUCAGUGGGCUUGUAAUGUGUGUCUGGUUCGAAAUGAAGCUACUGAUAAGAACUGCUCAGCAUGCCAAAGUCCGAAUCCAACAAACAAGGAAAUGCAUGCUGUACCAUUAUCUGAAACUUCUGCAGCUUUCAAACCCAACACUGAUACCACACACGAUAAAUUUGGAUCAGUUUUUGCUAAAAAAGAAGGUCACUGGGAUUGCAGUGUUUGCUUAGUAAGAAACAAGCCCACUACAUCUAAAUGUGUUGCCUGCCAGAAUCCAAAUAGAACUAAUAUGCCAGUAUUUGGUCAGCAGGCUUCAUUUAAAAUUGGCCAAGGAGAUGUUCCGAAGACUACACAAAAUGAUUUUGGAGCUGCGUUCUCUAAAAAAGAAGGUCAGUGGGAUUGCAGUGUGUGCCUAGUCAGAAAUGAAGCAAGAGCUGUAACUUGCGUUGCUUGUCAGAAUCCCAAUUCACCAAGUCAGCCUAAUGUGUCUACAUCUACUAUUCAGGCAUCUCCUACUCCUGGAGUUGGUUCUACCACUGAUGCAAGUAAACCUCAGAAAAGUGGAUUUGAGGGACUCUUCACUAGAAAGGAAGGGCAAUGGGAUUGCAAUGUUUGCUUAGUACAAAAUGAGCCCACUGCAUCUAAAUGUGUUGCCUGCCAGAAUCCAAAUAGAACUAACAUGCCAGUAUUUGGUCAGCAAGCUUCAUUUAAAAUUGGCCAAGGAGAUGUUCUGAAGACUACACAAAAUGAUUUUGGAGCUAUAUUCUCUAAAAGAGAAGGUCAAUGGGAUUGCAGUGUGUGCCUAGUCAGAAAUGAAGCAAAAGCUGUAAAUUGUGUUGCUUGUCAGAAUCCCAAUUCACCAAGUCAGCCUAAUGUGUCUACAUCUACUAUUCAGGCAUCUCCUACUCCUGGAGUUGGUUCUACCACUGAUGCAAGUAAACCCCAGAAAAGUGGAUUUGAGGGACUCUUCGCUAGAAAGGAAGGGCAAUGGGAUUGCAAUGAUUGCUUGGUACGAAAUGAAGGCUCUUCAGUAAUCUGCGCAGCUUGUCAAGCACCAAAUCCAAGUAAUAAGCCUGUUGCUGACACCCCAUCCACUCUUACAUUUGUCCUUAAAAGCAAAUUCUCUGAACCUGCUGGAGGACAACUGGGAACAGGUUUUAAGUGUGACCUUUCUGAAAAAGGUUUUAAAUUUGGCCAUGCAGAACAAGGAAAAGCACCUUCUUCCUUCAACUUUCAGAUUCCUUCAGAUACUGAAGUUAAAUCUACAAAAGAAGGAUUUAGCUUUUCAAUGCCUGUGCCCACAGGUGGAUUUAAAUUUGGCAUACAGGAGCCUAGUAAAAAUAUCACAAAGGAUGAUCCACCCAAAGAAAGUACCAAUGGCUUCUUAAACAGUGGUGAUGAAAAAGAGAAAAAGGAGACUCCCUCAAAGGGUGUAACUGGUAUCCAGUCUCAUAAUGUCUCUAACAAACAGAACAGUGAUUUAGUAUUUGGCCAGAAUAGCAGCACUUUCACUUUUGCUGACCUUGCAAAAACUACUUCUGGAGAAGAAUUUCAGUUUGGUAAAAAAGAUCCAAACUUCAAGGGUUUUUCAGGUGCAGGUGAAAAGUUAUUUUCCUCACAGAGUUCUAAAGUGGCUCACAAGGCUAAUACUUCUGCUGAUCUUGAGAAGGAGGAUGAUGCAUAUAAGACAGAGGACAAUGAUGAUAUCCAUUUUGAACCUGUAGUCCAGAUGCCUGAAAAAGUGGAAUUAGUGACAGGGGAAGAGGAUGAGACCGUGCUCUAUUCACAAAGAAUAAAACUAUUUAGGUUUGAUCCAGAAACAAGUCAGUGGAAAGAACGUGGGGUUGGCAACUUGAAAAUUCUUAAAAAUGAAGUUAAUGGCAAACUAAGAAUGCUAAUGCGACGUGAACAGGUACUGAAAGUAUGUGCAAACCACUGGAUAACAACUACCAUGAACUUGAAAUCUCUGUCUGGUUCAGACAAAGCAUGGAUGUGGCUAGCCAGUGACUUUUCUGAUGGAGAUGCAAAGUUGGAGCAGCUGGCAGCUAAAUUCAAGACGACAGAACAGGCUGAGGAAUUCAAACAGAAGUUUGAAGAGUGUCAGAGGCUGCUGUUGGAUAUUCCACUGCAGACCCCACAUAAGCUUGUGGAUACUGGUAGAACAGCUCAACUCAUACAGAAAGCAGAAGAAAUGAAAAGUGGGUUGAAAGAUCUCAAAACCUUCUUGACGGAUGAUAAAACUAAAUUGACAGAAGAAGAGAAUAAAAACUCAGCUUCAGCCUGUAGCACUUCUGAUUUAAUUAUAAAGCCACAUGCUGAAAGCACGGGGCCUACUCUGGAGUGGGAUAACUAUGAUUUACGUGAAGAAGCAUUGGAUGAUAGUGUUAGUAGCUCUGUGUAUGCCUCACCUCUGGCAAGUAGCCCUGUGAGAAAAAACCUAUUUAGAUUUGGGGAGUCUACAACAGGAUUUAAUUUUAGUUUCAAAUCUGCCUUGAGUCCAUCAAAGUCUCCUGCCAAACAGAAUCAGAGCAGGUUGUCUGUAGGAACAGAUGAAGAGUCUGAUCUUACUCAAGAAGAAGAAAGAGAUGGACAGUACUUUGAACCUGUGGUACCUUUACCUGACCUUGUAGAAGUGGCAAGUGGUGAAGAAAAUGAGCAAGUUGUCUUCAGUCAUAGAGCUAAACUCUACAGAUAUGAUAAAGAUGCCAAUCAAUGGAAAGAGAGAGGUAUUGGGGAUAUAAAGAUCUUGCAGAAUUAUGACAACAAACAAGUUCGUAUCGUAAUGAGAAGAGACCAGGUAUUAAAACUCUGUGCCAAUCAUAGAAUAACACCAGACAUGAACAUGCAACAGAUGAAAGGAACUGAAAGAGCCUGGGUAUGGACUGCAUGUGACUUUGCAGAUGGGGAAAGAAAGGUAGAGCUCUUAGCUGUGCGAUUUAAACUACAAGAUAUUGCAGAGUCAUUUAAGCAAAUUUUUGAUGAAGCAAAACAUGCCCAAGAAAAAGACACUUUGAUUACACCUCUCUCUUCACGUGCCAGUACACCAAGAGAGUCUCCAUGUGGCAGAAUUGCUGUAGCUGUACUGGAGGAGACCACCAGGGAGAGAACUGACCUGAAUCAGGAUGGUGAUACAUCUGAUGUGACUGUAGAGGUUCCAGAGAUGUCAAGCACUUCUGAAACACCAACAAAAACGGUGGUUUCUCCUCCAAAGUUUGUAUUUGGUUCAGAAUCUGUCAAGAGCAUUUUCAGUAGUGAAAAAUCAAAGCCAUUCACAUUUGGAAAUACUUCAGCUACAGGAUCUCUAUUCGGUUUCAGCUUUAACUCUCCUUCAAAAAGCAAAAGUGAAGAGGAUAGUUCGGUAUCUCAAAACAUAAUGCAGAGAGAACUACAGCUCACAGUAACUGAGCCUCAGGAAAGCUACAUUGCCAGUCAGAAGCCUACAGACAGCCAGGGAGAAAAUUACCUGGUUACAUCAGCAGCAGGAUCCUAUAAUUACGCAUUUAAAACACCAGAAAAAGUUGAGAGGAAAAAGGAAACUGAUGCAGAACUUCCCUCUGAUGUACUCAUUGUUUAUGAGCUAACACCUACCCCUGGACAAAGAGCUCUUGCUGACUCUCUCAAACUACCUUCAACAUUCUUCUGCUACAAGAAUAAGCCUAGCUACUUAAGUGAAGAGGAUGAUGAUGAAGAUUAUGAAAUGGCUGUUAAGAAUCUUAAUGGAAAGCUAUAUCCUGAUGAUCCCAAAGAGCAUAAAACAUCAAAAGAUCCUGUGCAAGGUAUCAUGGGAGAAACUGAACCAGAGAAUGAGAGAGAGUGUGUUAUUGUUUGGGAAAAGAAACCAACACCUGAAGAAAAGGCUAAAGCAGAGACUCUAAAGCUUCCUUCUACGUUUUUCUGUGGUGUUGGCAGUGAUACUGAUGAGGACAAUGACAAUCUGGAAGACUUUCAGACAGAACUUAAAAAAGUUCAAGAAGCCAAUGAGUUUCUGGGAAAUGAAGUUACCAGUUCAACUGAUUUAAUCUGUACCAGUGAGGCUGAAGUAUCUGUUCCAUUAACCAGUGAGGCUGAAGUAUCUGUUCCAUCAGCUACUAAAUGUGAAGAACCAGACUCAACCACACAAUCCGCCCACACAUCACAGACUUUGUCAGGAACUGAUGACAAACCUGUUGAUUUGUCAACUAAAAAAGAAAAUGAUCCAAAUUUAACAGAGUCCACAAACCAAGGAAGCAGAACAAUUGCAUUUGGAUUUGACACUACUUCUGGCUUGUCAUUUGCAGAUCUGGCUUCAAAUUCUGGGGAUUUUGCUUUUGGUUCUAAAGAUAAAAAUUUCAAAUGGGAAAAUACAGGAGCAGCUGUAUUUGGAGUACAACCAGCCAGUAAAGGAGAUGAAGAUGAAGAUGGUAGCGAUGAAGAAGUUGUACAUAGUGAUGAUAUCCACUUCGAACCUAUAGUGUCCUUACCAGAGGUGGAGGUGAAAUCUGGAGAAGAGGAUGAAGAAAUUCUCUUUAAAGAGAGGGCAAAACUCUAUCGAUGGGACAGAGAAGUCAAUCAGUGGAAAGAGCGAGGAGUUGGGGAGAUAAAAAUUCUAUUCCAUACACAGAAGAAAUAUUACAGAAUUUUAAUGAGAAGGGACCAAGUUCUCAAAGUGUGUGCAAAUCAUGUAAUCACAAAAACAAUGAAUUUAAAGCCCCUGAAUACAUCAAACAAUGCUUUAGUAUGGACUGCCACAGAUUAUGCUGAUGGUGAAGCAAAAGUAGAACAACUUGCAGUUCGAUUUAAAAGCCAAGAAAUGGCUGAUUCCUUCAAGAGGAGAUUUGAAGAAUGCCAACAAAAUUUGUCAGAACUUCAGAGAGCACAUGUAUCCCUGGCAGCAGAACUGUCAAAGGAAACCAACCCUGUAGUGUAUUUUGAGGUUUCUGCUGAUGAUGAACCUUUAGGACACAUAACCAUGGAACUAUUUUCAAAUAUUGUUCCUCGAACUGCUGAAAAUUUCAGGGUCCUAUGCACAGGGGAAAGAGGAUUUGGAUUCAAGAACUCUAUAUUUCACAGAAUAGUUCCUGACUUUGUGUGUCAGGGAGGAGAUAUCACUAGGCAGGAUGGAACAGGUGGACGGUCCAUUUAUGGAGAUGCAUUUGAGGACGAGAACUUUGAAGUGAAACACACUGGUCCUGGAUUACUGUCGAUGGCAAAUCAUGGCCGGGACACCAAUAAUUCUCAGUUUUUUAUCACACUUAAAAAAGCAGAACACUUGGACUUUAAACAUGUGGUAUUUGGGUUUGUGAAGGAUGGCAUGGAUGUUGUGAAAAAAAUUGAAUCUUUUGCUUCUCCCAAAGGGUUGGUGAACAGAAUUGUUAUCACAGACUGUGGGCAAAUAUAAUGUCUAAGUAGUGAUUCUACAGAUAUGUGCACUAACAGCAUAAAUCAAAGUUGGGCUGUUGUAGACUAAUUAUGUUCAGCUUUUUUAAAAUUGACAUUUCUGAUGUAUAAAUGUAAAAUUACAACUUAUAGAAGAGUACUUUUUUAAUGAGUUAAUUGACUUUGCAUGUUGUGAAAUAAAAGUUCAAACAUUGGCAUAUGUUAUCCUGACAUUUGUUUUAAAUGUGAAAAAUUUAAAAUUAAAUCCUAGUCUUGUUAAAGCAAUUCUUUUCUUCACUUUGGUUUGUACAAGGAAUAUUACAUGCAUAAUCUAUUUUUAGUUAUUUUGAUUUGCUACUCUGAUGUAUCAGGACUUUGAAUGCAGAAUUAGCCAUCAUGCUUCCAAACUAAAGUAGUUCUAUGUGAGAACCAUUUCCUCUUACUCCCCCUGAUGCACAGAAAAAUAAAAAGCAGAGUGGUAAUUCGUUCUCCUUACCCUUCUUAAAAGCAUUCAGCUGCAAAUAUAAGAUACCAUCUGUUUCUCUAGGCCGAAGUUAUCUUUCCUAAGUCGAAGAAAACGUGUUUUCUCUACCUGGUGGUUUGUCUGUGAAACAGCAUUUGUGUACCUGUACCCUGAAGUUACUGAACUAUUGCCUGUACAUUUUCUUAAGUUCUUGUCAAAAUCUGACUGAGAACUUGUGAUCUUCCUGUGGUAUAAAUUAAUAUGCUUUGAGACCUGCUGCUUUUAUCACUGCUUUGUAUAUGGGAGACUGAUUGCAAAAAUACUUGUAAGGGCAAUUUGAGUAAAUAAAGAACUUGUAAAGCUUAUGGGGGGGGGGA